CUGCCAUCUUGCAACUAUAUUGACGGCUGAUGGGUCUGACGUCUUUAGCCACACGCUGGGUCGUGCAAUUGCUUCUUAUAGGUGCACAUAUUGCCGGACUCUUGCUUUUUUUCCGCGGCUUCUUUCCUUCGAAAGUAGUACUUCCAGGUUUCGGCAACUUCCACAAUGGGGCAUCUCCGUUUGCUGAACGAGGCAAACCUCAGUUCGACAAGGUCAUUGUCAUGGUUGUAGAUGCUAUGAGAGCAGACUUUUGCUACUCACAGGAACAUUCUCAUAUGACUUUUCUUCACGAGUUGAUCAACGACGGUAAAGCUGUUCCAUUCACUGGGUUUUCCCAUCCCCCCACAGUGACUCUACCCAGACUCAAAGGUAUCACCACAGGAGGCACGCCUAACUUUUUGGACGCAAUUCUUAAUGUCGCUGACGACAAGGACCAAUCGCAGGGCUUGCUUUCGCAGGACUCGUGGAUCUACCAGUACAAGAAGUUGGGUAAAAGCAUCAACUUCUAUGGUGACGAUACCUGGUUGAAGUUGUUUCCUGGCCAGUUCGACAAGGUCGAGGGAACCAACUCUUUUUUUGUCAGCGACUUCACGGAAGUUGAUCUCAAUGUCACGAGACAUUUGACGGAAGAACUCGACAGACAGCAAUCGCGUUGGGACGGCUUGAUUUUGCACUACUUAGGUCUAGACCAUAUUGGCCAUAAGGGGGGCCCGAACUCUGUCUUCAUGAAACCGAAGCAAGAGGAAAUGGAUAGCGUGCUUCGAAGAUUGUAUGAAUAUGCUGAAACUUCUCAGAAACGUAAGGAGAGUGUUCUUAUUGUCCUUAUGGGAGACCAUGGGAUGAACGAAAUAGGAAACCACGGUGCAUCUUCUGUCGGUGAAACCAACGCAGCGUUGCUGUUUAUUUCACCCAAGUUUAACCACAAAAAUGAGCAAAAAGCUCCAUUAGCUGAUUCUCCAGAUUACUCGUACUACUCUUCGGUAAGUCAAAUCGAUUUGGUGCCUACUUUGGCUGGACUUUUGAACUUUCCAAUUCCUAAGAACAGUUUGGGGAUUAUCAUCAGAGAGCUUUUAGAGCUUUGGCCUAGUGAAAAGCAGAAGUUGGCCAUUUUGAUGGAAAACUGUAACCAAUUCAUGGAUUUGUUUUCUGCAAAACACGAUAAGCUGGAACACUUGGAUGUGUGGGAGAAAUGGAGUCAAUUGCAAGAUUCGAAGGUAGUUAGUUCUAUUGAUGAUCACUUUGACUUCUUGUUAAAGGUACAAGAUAUUUUGGCAUCUGCUGCUACGAACUAUAACUAUGAUGAUAUGUGGACGGGAUUUGCUUUGACUGUUGUUUCGGCUGUAGUUACGUUGAUUACGUUCAAUUCGUACUUCUUGAAACAGUCUGAAAAUUCUUUCAAGUUAGCCCAAUAUUUCCAGUUAUUUGCCAUAGUGUACUCGCUACAUUUCCAUGGUUCUUCACUAAUUGAAGAAGAACAUCAGCUCUGGUGGUUCUUUACUGUCUUGAGUUUUGUAUAUCUAGCUUUCACAUGUUUCGUUUUGAACAGAACCAAUGCCUUCUAUUGGAGUUUGAUAUUCAUUGGAAUAAGAAUCAUCAGAUCAUGGAACAAUAGUGGUCAAAAAUACUCAUCGUCCAACACGAUUUCAUACUACUUGCUCAAUGAAAACAGCGACUUGUUGUGGGCGUUAAACUUGAUCACUUACUUGGUGACCACAGUAGCCAUUUUUGCACAAGGAAGAAUUGUCGAGUGUUUAAGUAUUCUUAACGAUUCACAAGGCAGAAAUUCAGAUUUCCAGCAAGCAGGAAAUUUGUUGUCUUUUGUCCUUAUCUUUGUAGCCAGCUCUAUUUCGUUCCUGUUCAAAGUAUGCCAAUACUACAAUGAUGGCUAUGAUGUACCUGGUUGGCUCAAUUUCUUGUUUAAAUGGGUGUUGAGUUCAUAUGAUGUCGAUAUCAAAUCGUUAAACGACCCUGAUUUCAAGUUCCAAUUACAGGACCUAAAUAUUCUGAUUGCCAGACUAAGUGGCUACUUCAUUUUGGGCAUCUUGGGUCUUAGAAUUGUAGCAGGAAAGAUCAAGAAGCUUAGCUCUGGAAUCAUCACGGACAUGAUUAACAUUUCCACCUUGUAUUUAUUACAGCAGUCCAAAUAUGAAAAUAUUCCGAUGUUCCUUACCUUCAUGUUGAUCAAGUUUGCCUUCACCAAGUUGGUUGUGUCAGUUCAAGUUAAAGGGGUUGACAUUGAUCAGCUCAUUGCAAUCUGUGCAAUUUUCACCAUUUGCAUGCAAAAUCUUUCGUUCUUCUGCUUGGGAAACACAAACCUGUUGGCCACUGUAGAUUUGUCCAAUGCAUACAACGGAAUCAAAUCGUAUGAUGUUAUCCCGGUGGGUGUUUUGACAUUCUUGUCGAACUUCGUAGCUCCAGUGUACUGGUCUCUCUCGGGACUCCAGAUAUUCUUCGAGCCAUCCAGAGUUUUGUUCAACAGUGAGUUAGCGUCCAAAGACUUGAUCAACUUCCUGUUCUUACGCAAAUCGGUUUUCUUGGUGAAAUCAAAUGUGACAUUAGUUUUCUAUGCUAUUGCUGCUGUCAACCUUCUUGGUUCUUGUAUUAAUUUGAGAUUUCACUUAUUUAUUUGGACGGUGUUCUCACCAAAGUUGUUGUACUUUGCCAGUUGGUCUGUGUUGGUCAACUUCUUUGUCGACUUGGUGGUUGCAUUCGUCAUCUUAUUUAUUUUUUACUAAUAUCUUCUACUAAUAUUCUGGAUAAUAAAAGUUAAUUCGCUUC